AGAGGAAGAGUGCUGCUGAAAUCACUUGUCCAGAAGAGACUUCGGAAACAAACACGCCAUGGAGGCUGGAGCGAGAGGGAUGCACUGGAAACUUUUGAUACUUUCUUGUCUUUUGGCGGACGGGAUGAGCCAAGACUUUGGACAGACCCAGUUCAUUUGCACGUCCGUGCCCAAGGAUAUGGACAUAUGCGCCGCCACACUGCAGAACAGCGUGCCCGGGGAGGAUCUCAAGAGCACGGUCAUGCAGCUGAGAGAGACGGUGCUGCAACAGAAGGAAACAAUCAUGAACCAGAAGGAAACCAUCAGGGAACUGACUUCCAAGCUGACAAGGUGCGAAAGUCAGAGCGCGCCCGAGCCCGGAGACGCGAGGGGCGGCGGCGGCGGCGGCGGACGACGGAAGGAAAUGGGCACUAAGAACACAAUGGGAGAUGUGUCGAGGGGUCCGACGGACACACUGGCUCAACUCUCGCGGACUUUACAGUCACUCAAGCAGAGGCUGGAAAACCUGGAGCAAUUCAGCCGGAAUAACAACUCCGUCCAGGCGAACAGCUUGAAGGAUCUUCUGCAGAACAAAAUCGACGACCUGGAGAAGCAGGUCCUGUCCCGUGUGAACGGUUUGGAGGAAGGAAAGCCCGGGCUGCGCAACGAAAGCGAGCAGCGCGGGCGCGUCGACUCCUCUCUCACCUCACUGCACCAGAGAAUAACCGAUUUAGAGAAAGGCCAAAAGGAAAACAGACCACUGGAUAAAUUUCAGCUGACGUUCCCUCUGAGGACCAACUACAUGUAUGCUAAAGUCAAGAAGAGUCUGCCGGAGAUGUACGCCUUCACUGUGUGCAUGUGGCUCAAGUCCAACGCCUCUCCAGGAGUGGGGACGCCUUUCUCUUAUGCAGUCCCUGGACAGGCCAAUGAACUGGUUCUUAUUGAAUGGGGAAACAACCCAAUGGAAAUGCUUAUCAAUGACAAGGUUGCUAAGCUGCCUUUCCUGAUCAAUGAUGGGAAAUGGCAUCACAUUUGUAUCACAUGGACCACUCGAGAUGGAGUGUGGGAAGCUUACCAGGAUGGUGUAAUGAGAGGAAAUGGGGACAGUCUGGCCCCAUACCAUCCAAUCAAACCACAAGGGGUAUUGAUUCUGGGACAAGAG